ACCAUAGAAGAAGAACUGCGCUAAAGUUAGCUAGAUAGCUCACUAGUUGCUAGCGGACAGGUUCAGUCAACAACAGCACGUUUGAUUAGGGGAGACUGGCCUUCUGCACUGCCACGUUUAAAAUCAGAUUCAUAACAAGGUACUCCAAAACAAAAUGAAUGUUGGUGUAGCCCACAGUGAGGUGAACCCCAACACUCGGGUCAUGAACAGUCGAGGGAUCUGGCUGACCUAUGCCCUCGGUGUUGGAAUGCUUCACAUUGUGCUCUUGAGCAUACCCUUCUUCGGUGUACCUGUGGUGUGGACUCUCACAAAUGUUAUACACAAUUUUGGGAUGUAUGUCUUCAUGCAUGCAGUGAAAGGCACUCCGUUUGAGACCCCAGACCAAGGCAAAGCCCGGCUCCUGACACAUUGGGAACAGUUGGACUACGGCGUGCAGUUCACAUCAUCCAGAAAAUUCUUCACUAUCUCCCCAAUCAUUUUAUAUUUUCUUGCAAGCUUCUACACAAAGUACGACACAACACACUUUGUCAUAAACACUGCGUCCCUUUUGAGCGUGCUGAUCCCCAAAUUGCCACAACUACAUGGAGUCCGAAUCUUUGGCAUCAACAAGUAUUAAUCUGAGUGUUAAGAGGGUCAGUGGUGUGUGACCAACUCUCAAAGGAGCUCUUGCCUCAUAGCAAGAUGAAUAGUUAACCCUAUGUACUCUGUACCACUGGAGUGUGUACUAAGCAGUUUUGUACAGUGCGUGCAAUUAUCACUCAUUGUUUAGAUGCGUCAGGUUAAACUGUAGUGGGAGAAUGAGAGAGAAUGCCAUGUGCAUUACUAACUUAAGUAAAUAUUUAAUGUUGUAUUUUUUUGAUCUGCAUAGACCUGGGCUGGCCCAGGGUUCAAACGUGGGCCUUUUUUUGUUCUGUUCUGUUUUUUUGUUAUUUGCCCUCACUUCACACAGUGACAUGGACUGCGUUCCUUGUCACAAUGUAUUUUUCUGUUCUUAACCGGAAGCCUUAAAAAUACCAGAUGUAUUUUCAAAGAUGAUUUCUUCAUAAAAGUAGGGGCCUAUGGUUCAUUGUUUGACACACACUUAAGAUUGACACCCUUCUAAAAAUGAUUACUGGAAAAAGAACUGGGGCCUUAGAACCGUUGCGUAAAUUUUACACUAAAUCUGCAUGCGCCAUUUCUGAAGUCUGUGCACGCACAAAUAUUGAGAUUUAUAAACUUGGCACGUGCCAAUCAUACGCAUGUUUCCCCUUAGAAAUCAGACCUGUCGUAAAACUGCGUGCGUGAACAAGCAUUAUAACUUUGCCUGAAAAACAUCCCAUCGUUCACCUUUUAUGGUGACAAUAGCGCCCUUACUUUGGAAGUAUUGGAAUUAGGCCAAGACCAUAUCUGGAAAUGGCGAACGUGAUCAAAUGUUUUUGGAGGUGUUGGCAGAAUGUUUUCUUUUGCAGUGACAGUUGCGGUAGCCUAUCUGACCGUUUCUGGAAGACAAACAUUUGCUAAUUGUCGUGGACCUGUAAACAGAUUUGAAUUAAUUCAAUCAUGUUUGGCUUUUUACUUUUUCCCCUAAUCUAAAUAUGGUGCACUGCCCCCGAGUUCUGAAACUGACUCUUUGAAAUAGAAAUAAGCUAGUAGGCCUAAUUAGUGGUAGCUGAGACACACUUCAAUGCAAAAUAUCAACCUGUCUGCUCACCUGUUUAAAUUCAGCUGUAUGUUAUAAACCACGCUCCCUUUCGGAUGAAUAGAGCAAAAAAAAUGAAAUUCUACUCGCCUAUAUUAAUAGGCCCAAUUAAAUGAGAUGCGCGUUGGUAAUUUGUUGUAUGGCUGCUUCAGGAAAAUGAACUCAUGGCCAGAAAAGGUGAGCAAUUUAAUUUGCAAUAGUUGUGUAUAAAUGCAAUGUUUGUCUCGGAAUUUGACAUUACAGCGUUCAGACGUGUCUCACAAACGUCAACAGGAAGAGGUGAACCCUCUGCUCUUCCGUUAACCUGCACUUAAGAGCAGAUCACAGAGCAAAAUACUUAAAGUAGCUUAUCUAUUUACUACUGUGAAGUGGGUCCAAUUAAAUGAGAGAUGGGAUGAAUGGUAGCCUAUCCUAACUUGUAUGAAACCAUCAGUCAGAAAGGGUGAGGAAUUUAUUCUACAAUGGUCAUGUAAUUGAGGUAAAGAAUAAAUCUAUUUCUAUAAUUAUUUUAGAUCAAAUAAAGGGAUUUUUGCUCUUCUCA